UUUUCGGAAAGUACGGUUUGCUAUUCGAUUUUGUUUAAUCCGCCCCAGUGUUUUUAACGUACUUCAACCGUUGGAUUUGCCGCAGUUAAGCUGGCAGAUAAGCUGGGAACUUGGCCACAAAUCAGGACCAAAUCCCGGGUCCCUAACUCAACCUAAUUGAAUUCGGGCAAGUUAAUUGGCAGCCAAAGUGUUGCCGUCGUAAUGAUGCUGCCAUUCAUCUGGCAUUUAACUUAAUUCCGUUUCGCUGAUCGCAUAGCUGUGCAAAAGUCUGUAAUAUUUGAUUAAUGCGCGGUACCCAAAAAAAUAAAACAGAAGCCGGGAAAAUCAACAGAAAGUACGGUUCAUUUGCUAAAUACACGGGGACCAUUCCAAUUUUCCCACUCAAUUUUAGUGUUUGUGGAUUGUGUGUGUGUGUGUGUGCCCAGUGAGUGAGAGUGUGUGGAGAAUUUCAUUUAUUGGCAGCCAGCAACUGAUUUGAAUAUUCACUCACACACACACCCGCCAGGAUCUCCGCUGCCAAAAUACUAGACCAGAUUGUGGCUUCUCCUGUAAGCCAGUGUGUUGGUGUGAGUGCUGCAUGAUUUAUAGGUCCUGCAGCAGGCGUGAUGUAAAGUGACAAUUUCUGGUAAUUUUCGAUUUACAUGCCGUUGCGCAUUGGACAGACGACUAAAGUUGAAAGUUCAAUAAACCCACACAGAGGAGGGACAUCGUUACUAUAGCAAAGAUGCUGUUCAAGUGGCUCCUGUUCAGCCUGUGCAUAAUGCCGGCGAUGUUCAGCAACACGCGGAGGAAAUGCCCCAUUGAAUGCCAAUGCAGCAUGGACGACUCGGAUCGUUAUCAGGCCAUCUGCACAAAAGGAGGCCUGAACUCGCUGAUGUCGCCCAACGAACUGGACAUCGAUGUAAAGGUUAUUAUCAUCCGGGGCCCACGGAACUCCAUUACAAUCGGUCCCGCUCUGCGGCAGUUCAUGAAACUGGAAAUCCUGACCAUCACAGACUCCAAUCUGCCGGCAAUCGGUGCCGAGUCGUUUUGGGGCCUCAAGUAUUUGCGGAUAUUAGAUCUGUCAAAAAACAAUAUAACCAACAUAACGGAGAACAACUUUCGCGGCCAGGAUAAUCUACUGGAAUUGGAUUUAUCGAAAAAUAAAAUUUUACGCAUGGCCAGCUCAACUUUUCGCCAUUUGACGGAUCUGCGACGUCUUAAUUUGGCCGACAACUCGAUUGUGGAGCUCGUGCAGCGCAACUUCUUCAUGCUGAGCAGACUCAAGUAUCUGGACCUGAGCGGAAAUCCGCUCCAGGAUUUACAGCCGGAUGUGUUCCGCGAUGUGCCGGAACUGAAAGUGCUCAAGUGCCGCAAUUGUCAGCUGAAAAAAAUCAAUCCGCAGAUGUACAAUUUAUUGCCGCUCCUAAGCGAAUUGGAUUUGGGACGCAAUGAGUUCAAGUUCCUUGACAGGGAUGAGUUUCGAGAUGUGAAGCGACUGACCAAAGUUCUGCUGGAUGGCAAUCAAUUGUCCGUGGUGGUGGACCAACUCUUUCGCAUGCAGAAGAGUCUUAAUCAUUUGGAUUUAUCGUACAAUCGGUUGGCCAAAGUGCCCAAUGACUCGUUCCUGCAGCUGACCAACUUGACCUUCUUGGACUUGUCCUACAACAAAUUGGUGCGUCUGGAGCCGCAGUCCAUUAGAAGUCUGAGCAAACUGCUUACCCUCAACAUAAGCGGCAAUGUGCAGAUGGAUCUCAAGGAAAUGAGGGAAACAUUCGAGCUCAUUCCCCAGCUGACCCACCUGGCCAUUGCCGAUAUGGGCACAAUGCCCAUUGGUCUGCUGCACCCCUUCAAGCAGCUGAGAUAUCUCAAUAUCUCGGGCAAUUCCUUGAACAACACGGCCCUGGAGGUCAUCGAUCCGUGUCGAGAGCUGGAGUUUUUGGAUUUAUCCCGGAAUCAAUUACAAGGCAUCAGCGAGGACACGGCCCUAAGGAUCCAGGGCAUACGCAAUGUGCGACUCGACAACAAUCCUUUGAUAUGCGACGAGUGUCACAUGGGGAAAUUAAUAAAUGUCGUGCGCCAACUGCAGUGGAAAUGGGAUACGUAUCCCAUUUGCUUUUUGCCCAAGAGCCUGCGAGGUGCAGAAAUAAAUAAUCUGGACAUCAACGGACUGCACACGUGCCUGACUUUCAUCACCGACGAGGAGCAGAAUGCCGCCAGCACUUCAUAUAACUUUCUUGAACACGGCGGUCUCAACACUCUGGCUAUUCUGGGUGGCAUCAUUUUUGUGCUAAUUGCUGUCAUUAUACUGUCUUUGGUGGCCUGCUUUUCGAAAAAUCGGGCUCGUUACUACACGAGGGAGGAUCAUCUGAGUGGCAGCGAGAGCAAGUGCCUGGAAAAGAAUCUGGAGGCGACCACGAUUACAACGUUGGGCAAUGGCAGUUCGCCCACCACGACGACCACGCUGACCCUGGCCACCUCCCCGGCGGCGGCGGCGGGAAAUGGGAUGAAAUCCAAUGGACAGGGCCUGGGUUCGAGUCCUGCCAACGGCAGCACGCCCGUCCACGGAGUCUCCGAGGACAAGGGCAAGGAAAUCAACUUCACCUUUCCCGUCGACGAUCGCGUCUGCACAAUUGACGAGCUGAUGCCACCGCCUGCUCAUCCGCAUCCCAAUCCCCAUCCCAAUAUGGGCAGCCUAAUGUACAGCGUGUCGCAUUCGCCGAGCUCGGCUACAACCCUGGCAGCGGUGGCCGCGGCGGCGACUGUUAUUCCGCCGGGAGCACCAUCCCCAAUGCCCAUGCCCACUCCCGCCGAGGCUGUGGUUGUGGUGCUGCCACCACCGCCGCCACCACCGCACCACCACAACCACCAGAUGGAGGGCAGUUUCAGCAGCCUGCGGGAGGUGCAACAGCAGCUGGUGCAUCUGAGCAGCACGCUGGAGCCACUGGUCAGCGUCAACUGACCCAGGGGCCCAAGUGGAGCAACCGCGUCCACGUCGGCCAUCAAGUUUGCCCAGCAAACAGUUGGCACGACACCGACGUAAGCCGCGGGAGAGUUGGAUUUGCAGUUUUGCACUGCCACAGGACGACGGGGCGUAUAAUUAAUGGCCAUGCGGGGUCACAUCGAAGUGCAGUAAUUAGGAUUUGAGUUCGCAAUUAAGUUCAUUAAUCACUCCCCAACUCCAGACUCCAGACGAUCAUCAUCAAAUUGGGCCUGGCCAUUUCCCCAAUGGGGUUUAUACCAUACUGCCAUUUUCACAAUUAACGAACUUCACCAGUGUUUCACUAAGAUACUUGUAACUUAAGUUUCAUGUUUUCUUUUUAUAUGCGCAUCUGUAUAUACAAAAUUGGUCUAAAUUAAGGUAAAAACACUAACCACGAUUCAUUUCGACACAUUUCAAAUGUGAUAAAACCGAGCGUAUUCUGUACAUAACUAUUAAGGCAAGCGAACCAUGAAAACUGAGUGUAUUAUAUGUAAGUGAAUGGAAAAUGAAUAAAAAAAACCUGUAUAUUUGGCCAAUGCGAUUCAAAAUUGAGCAGCCGCUGUUUGAGAAUUUAAAAGUAAACAUUAAUAUAGCACGUAGUUAGAGGCAUAGAUUUCCCAGACACAUAAAAAACUAUAUAGACCUAGCUAGUAAGGCAUGUCAACGAGAUAUAUCGUUCUGAACCCAAAUUCAACUCAAGUGAGCCGAGGUCAGCAAUCAUUUGAAUGAAACCCAACUAGAAGCCCAAACGAUUUUCGGUUCUCCCCUCGAAUCAAUAACAGAACUUGGCAUUUUCACGUAUUCUUAAGUCGGAGAAUUGUAUUUAUUUUACACAGCAAUAACCGUAAUCCAUAAUAAAGUGUGACUGUUUAUGAAACCAAAA